CCAGAGUCGUCCUCUACUGUCUCCACGGAUCAGCUUCACUUCACCAUGUCUUUGUCCAUUUAAUGGUGCUUUAUGUCUCCAGUGAUGAAGUCUUGGAGGACCAUCAUCUUCCUCUUCUUAGUUAGAUUGUCUGAAACUGAGGAGGUGAUGAAGAACCUGACAGGAUCUGUGGGAGGAAACAUCACUCUACCUGAUCCUGUGAUGGAGAGAGGAUUUCUGGCAUAUGGAGUAAAUGUUAUUGCUUCAGUGAAACAAAGGGAAUAUGAGAUAGAAGAGGACAUUUACAUGAACAGACUUCACUGGGACCAAACCACUGGACUCUUUACACUCACAGGUCUGAAGACGGUCGACUCAGGAGUUUAUUCUGUUGGCUCUAGAAAGGGAAGAACUUUCACCACAUCUUAUAAACUCUCAGUGUUUGACCCUGUCCCAUCUCCUGCAGUGGAAAAACUAAGUUUGAGCUCUGAGAGCUGCUCCCUGCUAUGUUCUGUGGCUGAAGAGACCACACUGUCCUGGUACAAAGACGAGGAGAUCCUGAACCAGAGCAGCUCUGCUGUCUCUCUGCUUCUCUCUGUACACGAGCAGGACUUCAGCUCUUCAUUCAGAUGUGUGGCUUCCAACCCUACAGAGAAGAAGACUCUUCCGGUCGAUGUGACCAUGUUCUGUGGAGGAAAGAAGAGCCAAGGAUCAGACAACCCAGACCAAACACAUCAUUUGAUGCCCAUUAUAAUCUCUGUCAUCGUUGGUGUUGUUCUUGUUGGACCGGCUGCCUGGUUCAUCAGAUUCAAGUAUCCUCACAUAAAGAAAACAAUGAGUCAAACACAAGAUUGGGCGGACAUGAAGACAUACGUACAGUAUACCAACGUCAACGUAUGCAGACGCAGUCAGGGGGAGAAUUUCUCAGGUUCAUCCUGGACCAGUUGCUGUUAACUGACAACAGUCUAUUACAUGAACCCAAGGCUCCUUCAGGAACAUCUGAUGAGCAACUGAGUGAGUCCAUUAAUCUGAGCUGAUUAGAUUGAAACCAAGUGAUCAGUUGUUGAGUGUUAAAGUACCAGCUGUUAAAUAUCAGAUGUAAGGAGAGUGUUGGAGCUCAACAAGAGGAGAUUCUACAGUCGGCACCUGAAGCUCCUUCAAGAGUUUUUGACAUUGUUUUUUCUUACAAUCAACCUUUUUAAAUGUAAGAGAAAACUAAUCUGCGGUGAUCACUUCUUUACAUCAACACAUCAACAUACAACACUUUCUACAAGGUUCGCUUCUAUUUUUGUCUCUGUGCUGUGAAGUCAUUCCUUAUCAAAGUUAUUAAGUCACCAUUUUUAAAUCAAUCAUCGUCUUUACUUCCUGUUAAAAUACUGAAUGACUUACAGCUCUGUAAUAAAGUCCACAUCAUUGUGAUGUAAUGUAAAAUGUGUUCUCUACUUUAUGUGUGUGAACCGCUCAAACAAACAGGAGCUGAAUAAUUAAAGACCGGUCACAUACAAUUAAACCUGUUGUUGAACGUGUUUGCUUUCGUCAUCUUUCCACGGGUGGAGGAGUGGACGCUCAAAGGUUAAAAUGCACAGAGAACACGUCCUGUGGGAAAGUGAGCUCUGUGGUUGGUUUCUAUAGAAAUAUAAGACAGUUUUUAGGUUUUGUCAUGAGCUGAUCAUGUCUCUUAUAGAUGCUGAGCUGUGGUCGACCAGACCGACAGACAGAGACACUGCAGCGCUGCUUUCAUCCGCCAUGUACUGGUUUAAAUGGAACAGGAAGACCUAUGUGGUUUUCCUCCACUAACACAGACAGACGUCUGUCAACCAGAACAUUACAAAAAGCAAAAACAAGUUUAUUUUCAACCUUUUGUUUUCAAAAGACGACCUCAACUUUCAGCAUAUUUCUCUCUGUGCACAGUCACUUUUCUCCAGCCAAGCUGUUGUUAGCUCUAAGCUGAUUCAGUUACUUCCACUCCUUCCUACUUGUGCCACUGUUUUGACAGAUGAGACCAGACUAGAAUAGUUUGGUUUAAAUGUUUGGAGAUGAACCAACACUGCAUUCCAGCAUCAGAACCUCAUCCCUCCAUGAAACAUGGGGGCGCAAAUGUCCUGGUU